AUGUUUUAUCUUGUUUGGCUUUGCGUUUUGUUUUUAUUUAUUUAUUUAUUUGUAUUCUUCGCCUUACUUUAUCAAUUCUUACUCAAAAUUCUUUCGUUUUCUCUCUCCUUUAUUCCUACCUUACCUCCCUUUAUCAUUUAUUUAUUUCUCUCUUUUUAUCUCUUUCUGUACUUAUUUUUAUUAUUUCUUUUCUUAAUUUCCAUCUCCUCUCUCCCUUCCCCCUCUCUCUCUCUCUCCCUGUUUUCUUUAAUUCAUUCUCAACUAAUUGGUUCUGCUGGUUUUGCCUCUCUUUCUUACGCUACUGAUUCUUUGUCUUUCUUUCUCUCUUUCUUUCUUUCUUUCUUAACCUUUUCUCUCUUUCUCAACCUGUUCAUUAUCUAUCUAUCUAUCUAUCUAUCUAUCUAUCUAUCUAUCUCAACCAUUGUUGUUUUUUCCUAUCUUGCUUUGUUUUCUUCUUCUUUUUUUUAUUGUUCUUUCGCCUUUUCUUUCUUUUUUCUCUUUUACUUGCAUCCCCUCCCCCUCUCUCUCCCUCCCUCUCUCCCUCUCAUCUCUCUCUCUCUCUCUCUCUUUAAAUUCUUUUCCUACAGCCUUCCCUUUCUCUAUCCCUCUCUGAAUCUUUUUUUUCAUUUAUUUCCUAUCUUCCUUCCUCUUCUCUUCCACUCAACCUCCGUUCUAUUCUUUAUCUUCGUCUCUCUCUUUCUUUUCUUCCACUCUCUUUUUUCUUAUUUUUCCCAUCUUAGCUUCAUUUUCCCAUGUAUUCCUUUUACAUUUUCUUUCUCUAUAUAUCUUUCUCUCUCUCUCUUUCUUGCCUCCGCCCUGUCCACUACUUUCCUUGUUUCAUGUUCUCUCUCUCUCUCUCUAUCUAUCUAUCUAUCUAUCUAUCUAUAUUUAACUAUAUCCCUCCCUCUUUUCUUACUAGUUUUUCAGAUCUCCCUCCCUCUUUUCUUACUAGUAACCAUACGUAGGUUGACUUCUUCUUCUUUUUUUACUUUAUUCCUUUUUCUAUCUUUUAUUCUUUCUUUUAUUCUUUAA